AAAGGAGGAGCACAGAGGACAGAGGCAGAAGAGACGACGGCGACUCCUCACGAGAGCAAAAGAGCUCCAGCGCUGCAGCGUUGAGGCCAUGGACGCUCUUUAGAAAGGAAGGAGAAUUGCAUUGCAUUCAGUGGAUCGAAUCCGACCAGAGCAAGGCAGCGAGCACAGCACCCACCCUUGUGAGCGAGAACGCGAGAGAGGCUCGCAGACCAUCGGCAGUACUCCCCCUCGAAAGGAUCGUACGCAGCCAUGCCGGCUGUGACAGGAGAUCGUAUCGUGUCCUUCGAAGACCAAGAGGAUGAAAGCGACUAUGGCUGGGUCCGCAAGGUUUCCGGACCUGUGGUCGUGGCUGAGGGCAUGGGAGGAGCUGCCAUGUACGAGCUAGUGCGUGUUGGUCAUGACAAGUUGAUUGGAGAGAUCAUUAGGUUGGAGGGUGACUCUGCUACCAUUCAAGUGUACGAGGAAACUGCUGGGUUGAUGGUUAACGACCCCGUGUUGCGUACUCGCAAGCCUUUGUCUGUCGAACUUGGACCCGGAAUUCUCGAGAACAUCUUUGAUGGUAUUCAGCGUCCACUGAAAGCUAUCGCAAAGAACUGCAAUGACGUGUACAUUCCAAGAGGAGUCGCCGUUCCCGCUCUCGACAGAACUAAACUGUGGGAGUGGGCUCCAAAACAUGUUACCACUGGAGACUCGGUCACCGGAGGAGAUUUAUACGGGACUGUCUUCGAGAACUCGCUUAUCGAGCACCACAUUGGUGUUCCUCCUGGUGCGAUGGGAAAGGUUACAUAUGUAGCCGAGCCUGGUCAGUACUCUAUCACGGAGAAAAUUUUGGAAUUGGAGUUCCAGGGCAAAAAGAAGUCCUUUACCAUGCUGCAGACAUGGCCCGUGAGGACACCAAGACCCUCAGCUACCAAGCUUCCUGCUGAUACUCCCCUUCUUACCGGGCAGCGUGUACUCGACGCCUUGUUUCCUUCCGUGCUUGGUGGUACUUGCGCUAUUCCUGGUGCUUUCGGAUGUGGAAAGACUGUUAUUAGUCAAGCUCUGUCAAAGUAUUCGAACUCUCACGGUGUCGUGUACGUCGGAUGUGGAGAGCGUGGAAACGAGAUGGCUGAGGUGCUUAUGGAUUUCCCCCAACUUACCAUGACUUUACCCGACGGACGUGAGGAAUCUGUCAUGAAGAGGACAACUCUUGUUGCUAACACUUCAAAUAUGCCAGUGGCAGCUCGAGAAGCUUCUAUCUACACAGGUAUUACGUUGGCCGAGUACUUCCGUGACAUGGGAUACAAUGUCAGUAUGAUGGCUGACUCCACAUCACGAUGGGCUGAGGCACUUCGUGAGAUUUCUGGUCGUCUGGCUGAGAUGCCUGCCGACAGUGGAUAUCCUGCCUAUUUGGCUGCACGUUUGGCUUCUUUCUACGAGCGUGCCGGAAAGGUCAGGUGUCUAGGUAGUCCCGAUCGCACAGGAAGUGUCACAAUUGUUGGUGCUGUGUCCCCACCCGGAGGAGAUUUCUCUGAUCCCGUAACUGCGGCCACUCUUGGUAUUGUCCAGGUGUUUUGGGGUCUCGAUAAGAAACUUGCUCAAAGGAAACAUUUCCCAUCUGUGAACUGGCUGAUUUCUUACUCCAAGUAUACAAAUGCCUUGUCCGGCUUUUACGAAGGAUUUGACCCAGACUUCAUCUCCAUCCGUACCAAAGCUCGUGAAAUUCUUCAAAGGGAAGAUGAUCUGAAUGAAAUUGUGCAGCUCGUCGGAAAGGAUGCUUUAGCAGAAUCUGAUAAAAUUACUCUGGAAGUUGCCAAGCUGCUUCGUGAAGAUUAUCUGGCACAAAAUGCGUUCACGCCAUAUGACAAGUUUUGCCCAUUCUACAAGUCCGUGUGGAUGAUGAGAAAUAUGAUCCACUUCGGUACUCUGGCCAUGCAGGCCGUUGAGAGAGCAGCCGGUGCUGAAGGGCAAAAGAUUACCUACAAUAUCAUUAAGCAGCGGUUAGGAGAUAUUAUCUACAAACUCGCGUCCCAGAAAUUUGAAGAUCCUGCUGAUGGUGAAGCUGCCCUAACAGCUAGCUUCAAGAAACUGUACAAUGAUAUGGUAGCAGCGUUCCGAAACCUAGAGGAAGAGUACCGGUAAGGAGAUUGUGCUAUACAUAUAUAUCUAUAUAUAGUCUGUGGCGGGCCCAGGCACCGCAUCCACGAGAAAUUGUCUGCAGGUCUCCGACAAAAGGCCCUGCACACAAUAUCCGGGCGGACGUUCCGUUCCGCGUAUGAAUAAACGUGUGGAUGCCCAGCCUAGUUUUGUGCGGAUCAGCUGCCUUCGGAGGCACUUACCGAGUGCAGAUAAGGUGGAUUAUCUGCAAAUGCGGUUUUGAGUGGCGUGAAGAUCUGGGUGCGGGAAGGAGCGGGUAUUUCUUCAAGUGUACAUUUUCAUGCAGGCCUUGAUUCUUUGAGCAACAUGGUUGUGAUUAUAUCGUGCAAAGUGACUCUUUCCAUGAGUUCAAGUGAAAAACAGAUUCUGUUACCUUUGUCUAGUUUAGCUAAAUAUGUAAACGCAUUGUAUGACCACAUUAUUCGAGGAUUCUUUGUCUUGCGGAGUUCUCCACGCAUCUGUCAGAUAUACUUGCCUAAGUUCCGCCACUUUGAUCUGGCCUCCGUUCAAUGCAAAUGAUUCAGAUAUUGUUGUAAACCUUCCUUGUCAGAAGCAGUUGUAAUCAACCU